CAAACACAUCAAGAAGAUUUAUAUCGAGUUUCUUUCUAUUCUGUGGCGGAACCAUCAACGAUUCAUGCAAAAAGUGUGGCGGAACUACCUGAUCAGGGACAAUCAUUUUCGGAAAUGUUACAGAAAGGAUGCUUUUGGCUGGAUGUGAUGUGUCCGACGGAAAUGGAAAUGAAACAACUCAGCAAGGCCUUUCAUAUUCAUCCUUUGACAACUGAAGACAUUGCUAUGGAAGAACCAAGGGAAAAAUGUGAAAUAUUCAAGAACUAUUGUUUUGUGUGUUAUCGUAGUUUUGAUCAAGAUCAAUCCUCCAUUCAUUAUCUGCAGCCCCUAGGUGUUUACAUCUUAAUCUUCAAACAAGGCAUCCUUACAUUUCAUUUUCGAUCUAUACCUCAUACUUAUAAUGUACGUCGACGUAUCAAACAAUUGAAAGAUUAUAUCAAUGUUACUCCAGAUUGGAUAUGCUAUGGAUUAUUGGAUGAUAUUACGGAUUCAUUUGCUCCAUUGAUUCGUGGUAUAGAAUUCGAAGUGGAUUCUAUUGAUGAAUUGGUAUUGAUAUUAAAGGAAUCGGAACAAAGCGAUAUGUUACGUCGGAUUGGUUAUUGUCGUAAAAGAAUGAUGAGUUUAUUGCGUCUAUUGGUCACCAAAGUUGAUGUCGUCAAAACCAUCACCAAACGAGGUCAAAUGGAAAACAAUACCAAAAUACAAUCAUCAUCAUCAAGACCUACCAUUCGUCCUGAAGUUGUGAUUUAUUUAGGUGAUGUUCAAGAUCAUUUGAUUACUAUGUUACAAUCAUUGAAUCAUUAUGAAAAAAUUUCAUCAAGAUCUCAUUCCAAUUAUUUGGCUCAAAUCUCUAUUGAAAUGACUCAAACCAACAAUGAAAUCAAUGAUGUUUUAUCGAAAAUGACUGCGUUAGGAAGUGUUUUGGUACCAAUGAAUUUGAUUACUGGAUUAUUUGGUAUGAAUGUACCUGUUCCUGGUCAAUUUACAGAGGUAAGUAUCAUUUUAUCUCUUUUUUUUUUUUUCUCACAACUCUUUUUUUUUUUUUCUUCUCCUUUUGUGUAG